CGCUUACUAAACACGAGGAAGCGGCAGAUGUUUGCAUACCUCUCUAGUGGCCAGCGUUUCGUAAGCAACUUGCAUUGUUACUGCACUAGACCAGCCUCGUUCUCCUCGCACGCCCAUUAUCUGUUCUAAGAAGUUAUAUCAUGAUUUCAAGAGCAAUCGGGUCAUAGAAGGACAACGACACGUCUCUCUUCGCACAACACUGAGCAGCACUUCGAACUGUCAAUUCAGUUUGCACUGAAAGGAUGUGGCUUCCUAUGCUGAGUUUUACUGCCCUGCCUCACGUGGGUGGGAUAUUUGGAGGUUUGAUCACAAGGAAGGAGGUGAAGACCUGGUACACUACGCUCAACAAACCUUCAUGGAGGCCACCUAAUGCUGCUUUUCCAGUGGUGUGGACCACUCUCUACACUGGCAUGGGUUAUGGUUCAUACCUUGUGUGGAAAGAGCUUGGAGGCUUCACACAGGAUUCACUGUUGCCACUGGGACUCUAUGGGUUGCAGCUGGCACUUAAUUGGGCCUGGACUCCCAUCUUCUUUGGAGCACACAAGAUUAAACUGGCAAUGAUAGAGCUAGUGAUGCUCACUGGCACAGUGGCAGCCACCAUGGUUACUUGGUAUCCCAUCAGCCGCACUGCAACACUGCUCAUGGUGCCAUACAUGGCCUGGCUCUGCCUUGCUACCAGCCUCAACUACUGCAUCUGGAGAGACAAUCCAGAUCCAAAAAAAGACUAAAUAGGCCAGUGAAACCAAACACUAUUGUAACUAACACAGCUUCUUACACAGUUGUUCUUUAAUCCACAAUGAAAAAAUUUAAUUAUGCUUUCACAUUGGCUAAAUUUGCAGUUACUGAUUAGUAAUAUAAUUAAGAAUGUAUUUUUACCAUUCUUUCUUCAGUUAAUUUGUUUAGGUAAUAAGCAAUGGAAUGAGACUCUUGAACUUGAGUAAAAGUGAAAACACAUUCCAUCUUUUCACUAAUGUCAGCAUUUGCACUAAUGUCUUUCAAGAUCAGCUGUGUUUUGUUUAUAAGGCUCCAAACUAAAAAUGUCUCUAACAGGUUUUUUGUUUCUUUCUUUUUUGCUGUCUUUCCUAUUAUAUAUGAAUAAAAUAUUUUUAUGACUUG